AUGCCUCCGGAUCCUAUGUCAUUUGUACAGAGACAGAAGAUGUUUGCAAAGAACCAUAUUUCUGUAGUAUUUUUGCGACAGAGACUGUACAGCACGCUGAUCUGCCAGAAAAAUCCUACAAAAAUAUCUCUAUACCUGUCUCUUGAAGACCUGAAGGUAGACAAAGUUAUUCAGGCUCAAACAGCCUUUUCUGCAAACCCUGCCAACCCAGCAAUUUUGUCUAAAGCUUCUGCUCCCAUUUCCCAAGAUGGAAAUCUCUAUCCUAAAUUGUAUCCAGACCUCUCCUAGUACAUGGGCCUGAGUUUAAAUGAAGAAGAAAUCUGUGCAAAUAUGGUCUUGGUCCCUGGAGCAUCAGUUCAAGGACCUCCCAGUUUGAACUCUCUGGUCCAGGGAAAUUCUCCAGCCUCAUUGGUUGGUCUGAGAUUUGGGGACCAAGUACUCCAGAUCAAUGGGGAAAACUGUGCAGGCUGGAGCUCUAAUAAAGCACACAAGGUGCUCAAACAGGCUUUUGGAGAGAAGAUUACUAUGACUGUUCAUGACAGGCCCUUUGAAUGGACAAUUACCAUGAAUAAGAAUAGUACUGGACAUGUUGGCUUUAUCUUUAAAAAAGGAAAGAUAAUAUCCAUAAUGAAAGAUAGUUCUGCAGCCAGAAAUGGUCUUCUCACAGAACAUAACAUCUGUGAAGUCAACGGGCAGAAUGUCAUUGGGCUGAAGGACUCUCAGAUUGCAGACAUACUGUCAACAUCUGAGAUUGUAGUUACUAUUACAAUCAUGCCUGCUUUUAUCUCUGAACAUAUUAUUAAAUGGAUGGCACCAAGCAUUAUGAAAAGCCUGAUGGAUCACACCAUUCCUGAGGCUUAAAAGUCA